AUGCCGCCCACCCGGGACCCCUUCCCCUACCCCCGCUACGAGAACGAGGACACCUUCACGGGCCGGGCCAGGUCGGGCCAGACAGGCCCUUAUGCUGAGCCCACCCACCUGGCCCAGCAGCAGGACCCCUGGAAUCGCCUGCACGGAACACCCACCCUGUCCAGCACCAGAAAGGAAGUCUGGUAUACAGAACCUGAGGUUCCCAGAGACAGCCUGGAUUUUAAGCUGACCUCACUCUACAACCACCACGAGGAGCAGCUCAGAGACAAGAGCCAGAUCGUCAUCCACAAGGAGACCCUCUUGGAUGUCCAUGGAGCACUGAAGGGUCUCGAGCCUGUGAAGGAACCCGAGCCGCCCCCAGUGGAGCACCGUACAGCCAGGGGCCUGUCUAUGAGAUGCUGGGUCAGCCCCACAAAGGAGUCGAUCCACAGCAUCGAGGGAGCCAUCGAGUGUCCCCACACAGCUGCCACCAACAGUGGAUACUCCCGCAAGGAGAACGGCAGCUUCUUCUCUCAGUAA